CCCCCCAGGAGGGGCACUGGGCUGGGAGCAGCUGGGGCCUGGGAACAGCGACAGCGCAGUAGGCGGCUGAGGAGGAUGGCGUGCCUGGGCUUUCUCCUCCCCGUGGGCUUCCUCCUCCUCACCAGCGCCCUGGCCUGGGGGGAGUACGGCGUGGUCCGUGUGGUGUCGGAGAACUGGAACAAGGACUACUGUGUCCUGUUCAGCUCCGACUACGUCAACCUGCCGCGGGACCUGCACCACGCUCCACUCCUGCCCCUGCACGAUGGCACUGCAGCACCCUGGUGCCCAGGCGAGGACCUCCACCGGGCCCAGCCCCGCUCCCUCAGCCAGCAGCCCCUCCGCCAGACCACCGCCAUGGUCAUGAGAGGCAACUGCAGCUCCUAUGCCAAGGGCUGGCUGGCGCAAGGCCGCGGCGCCCACGGGCUUCUCAUCGUGAGCCGCGUCAGCGGUCACCAGUGCUCAGACACCACCCCAGUGUCCCAGGACCCCCACAAGCCCCUGCCAGACCUCACCAUCCCUGUGGCCAUGCUGGGCUACACCGACAUGCUCGACAUCCUCAGCCACACGCGUGGGGCAGCCGACGUCCGCGUAGCCAUGUACGCGCCCCUGGAGCCGGUCAUCGAUUACAACCUGGUGGUCGUCUUCAUCCUGGCCGUCGGCACUGUGGCCGUGGGCGGCUACUGGGCCGGCCUGACCGAGGCUGACUGGCUGCAGCGACGCCGGGCCCGAGGAGGAGGGGGGCCUGGUGGUCACAAUCAGCCGGGAGCAGCGGCAGCCCAGGGGGGCCCAGGGGCCAAGGAGGAAGAUGAGGAGGAAGACACGCCAGUGGACUUCACGCCCGCCAUGACGGGCAUGGUGGUCGCCAUGUCCUGCUCCAUCAUGCUGCUCCUCUACUUCUUCUACGACUGCUUUGUCUACGUCAUGAUCGGGGUCUUCGGCCUGGGCGCUGGCACCGGCCUCUACAGCUGCCUGGCACCCCUGGUGCGGCGCCUGCCCCAGAGGCAGUACCGGUGCCAGUGGCCCCUGUGCAAGCGCCGGGCCCGUCUGCAGCUGCCCCCGCUGCUGCCAGCUGUCCUGUGCGCCACGGUGGGGCCCUCUCUCUGGGGGGCCUGCCGCAACGAGGACCGCUGGGCCUGGCUCCUGCAGGACACGCUGGGCGUGGCCUACUGCCUGUUUGUCCUGCGGCGUGUGCGGCUGCCCACUCUCAAGAACUGUGCCUCCUUCCUGCUGGCCCUACUGGCCUUCGAUGUCUUCUUCGUCUUUGUCACACCCCUCUUCACCAAGACUGGAGAGAGCAUCAUGGUUGAGGUCGCCUCGGGCCCAGCGGAUUCCUCGAGCCACGAGAGGCUGCCCAUGGUGCUCAAAGUGCCCCGGAUGAGCUUCUCAGCCUUGACCCUGUGCGACCAGCCCUUCUCCAUCCUCGGCUUCGGCGACAUCGUGGUCCCCGGCUUCCUGGUUGCCUACUGUCACCGCUUUGAUGUGCAAAUCUGCUCGCGCCGUGUCUACUUCGUGGCCUGCACCGUGGCCUAUGCUGUAGGCCUUCUGGUCACGUUCACCGCCAUGGUCCUCAUGCAGAUGGGCCAACCCGCCCUGCUCUACUUGGUGUCCAGCACGCUGCUCACCAGCCAGGCAGUGGCCGCCCGCCGCCAAGAGCUCACCCUCUUCUGGACUGGGCAGCCCAGAGCCAAGACACCUGCCCGGCCUGUGGCUGGGCCCUGCAGCACCUACAAAGCCAGCUCAGAGCAGAAGCAAGAGGCCACGGCAGAUGUCCUCACAGCCAGCAAGUUUGAGGGGGCCACUGACCAAAGGGCAGGGGACUUAGACAGCAGCCCGGGGGAAGACACGGCCGAGAUCCUCACCAUAUCUGAAGACGAAACCAGCAGUCCAGAGGGCCACACUGACAGCUCUGAGGGCUGGAGUGACGCCAACCUGGACCCCAAUGAGCUGCCCCCUGCUGUCUCUGGGGCCCCGGAGGAGCUGCUGCCCCUGGUGCCGAUGGCCAUGUUGAUACCACUGAUACCACUGAUGCCACCCCCCUCCGAGCUGGGCCAUGUGCAUGCCCAGGCCCAGGCCCACGAUGCCACCCAGCCCUGGGCAGGGCUCCACAAAAGGAAGAACCACAAGGUGAAGAAGAGCGUGUCAAGCCAGGCUCCCCUGUGAACCGGAGGCUCGAGGCGGCCGCAGUAGCAGACCAAAGCCACGCGUGGCAGGAAAAAACAAGGCAUUAAAGAGAGUCCGUAUC